ACAGUAUUCGCAUCAGCAUUCUUCGCCUAGAUUUUCUGAUUAAGCGGAAUGAAAUUUGCUCAAUUAGUUAUUGGUCCGGCGGGAUGCGGAAAAUCAACAUAUUGUCAAAUUUUACAAGAACACUCUGAAAAUCAAGGAAAAUCAUGUAAAGUUGUAAACAUGGAUCCAGCAGCUGAAAUUUUUAAUUACCAAUGUCAAAUCGAUAUUCGUGACCUUAUAUGUGUUGAUGACGUCAUGCAAGAAAUGCAUUACGGUCCUAACGGAGGUCUUGUUUACGCUAUGGAAUACGUCAUAGAGAAUCUUGAUUGGUUAGAGGAUCAAUUAAAUUAUUUUAUUGAUGAUGACUAUGUACUUUUCGAUUGCCCUGGCCAAAUUGAACUUUACACACAUGUUCCUAUGAUGCGUCAAUUGGUAGAUAUAUUACAACGAUGGGAUUUUAAAGUUUGCGGCGUUUAUUGUUUAGAUGUGUCUUUCAUAACGGAUAUACCAAAAUUCAUUGCAGGAACAUUAACAGUUUUAAGCGCUAUGAUUUUGUUAGAAUUACCUCACGUUAACGUGCUAACAAAAUGCGAUCUUAUGGAUGAUGAGUCGUCCAUUUAUGAAAUCCUGGAUGCUGAACCCACCCAUUUAAUGCAGGAAUGUCGUAGACACAUGCCUGAUCGUUAUCGCAAAUUAAAUGAAAGAAUAUCUGAAUUAUUAGAAGAAUAUAGUCUAGUUUCCUUUGUACCCUUAAACAUAAGCGAUGAGGAUAGUAUAGCUUGUGUCGCUCAUACAGUUAAUAACGCUAUACAGUACGGCGAAGACUUAGAGCCCAAGGCCGAUUUCGAUAUAUCAUAAAUUCAGUAAUUUGUCAAUUUUCAUUUCAACUUACUGGUAUAAAACAUUUUUUUUAACGUUUUAUCUAUUAUUUAAAAGGAGGCACAAGCCGGCAUACAGUCGGUCUUUUAUUCUUACAUUGUUUCUUUAAUUUUACUACUGUUGAAUUAUUUUAAGUUUUUGCUAACAAAAUUUUAUGUAUUGAAAUAAUCGACAAAAGCGAUUGCUUGUUUCAAUAAAUAUUUACAUUCACAAAAGGAUUUAAUGAAAUGAUUUAUUGUUCAAGGAAAUUUUUUCAG